AUGUCCGACGAGGGCCGCACCUUCACGCUGCAGACUGCGUCCUUCGACGCCCGCUUCCCCAACCAGAACCAAACGAAGCACUGCUGGCAGAACUACGUCGACUACUUCAAGUGCGUCAACGCCAAGGGCGAGGACUUUGCGCCGUGCAAGCAGUUCUUCCGCGCCUACCACUCGCUCUGCCCCAACGAAUGGAUCGCCAAGUGGGACGAGCAGCGCGACGAGGGCCGGUUCCCGCACUCGCUUGACCCCUGA